UUGUUUUGCUCUGCAAAUGCAUAAUUUUACUUAUUUGUGCAAAUUAAUUAAAAGUAAUUUUUAUUAUCCAGGACAUGAUGGCGUUCUACUGCUGAAACAGAGUACAUACAUACAUAUACAUGGUAGUAAGUGCAUGGCUUUAUUGUUCUGCACUUUAUUAUCUGCAGAAUCUACAGAUAAUAUUCUUGGCAUACACGUUAUCAAAGGGAACCAAACCUGAAAUUUGCAGGUCAUAUUUCAUGAGUAGCAUGGAUUACUUUUGUGAUCAUAACGAACUUUAUUGGGAUUAUGAGAAAACUUGGAACACAAAAAACGAGACGACUCCUGAUUUCACGCGAUGUUUUGAGAACACAGCCCUCGUGUGGUCACCCUCUCUCGUCCUCCUGUUUUUUGCCCCCGUCGACAUCUAUCAUUCUCAUGUCUCCGCCUCGCGCCCCAUCCCCCGCUCCUCCCUCUCCGUCCUCAAGUACGGUUUCAGCCUCCUUCUCAUCAUUAUCCAAGUCCUCCUCAUUCUCUUCCAGCUCAUCAAUGUGGGCUAUGUUCUGGAUGAAAUCCCCGUUGGGGAAUAUCUCGCCCCUGUCGUGCGACUGGUUACUUAUAUCUUGUACUGUGGUCUUCUCUACUAUUCUCGCCAUAAAGGCAUAUCUUCGUCAGGAGUGCAAUUUAUUUUCUGGGUUCUUCACGGGGUCGGAGAAGCGGUAAGAUUUCGGAGCAACAUCCUAAGAUGGCAGGAAAACAAGGAAAACUUAGAAACCGACAUCUUUAUUUUAGAGAUCAUUUCCUUCCCUUGCAUACUCGGAGUCCUGGGAUUGAACUGCUGGGCCGAUGUGAACCCAACCAGAUUUAUACGUGGUCCUAAAUUAUCAGAGCGCCCAUGUCCUGAGGAGGACUCCUCCUUCCUCGCCCGUCUUACAUUCGAAUGGUUCAGCCCCCUCGCUUGGAAGGGGUACAGAAAACCGUUGGGAUACUCUGAUCUCUGGGAUCUCAAUGUGGAAGAUACCUCCAGCGUUAUCGUGCCAAAAUUUGAUAAGGAGUGGGACAAGCAGCAGUUGAAGGUCAAGAGUGGAAAGGCAUCGUAUGCCAAAGUUAAUCAGGCGGUUGGCGUCGAUUUCACGGACAAAGUCGAACGAGGGACGGAGAAAGAGAACGCAGUAUUGGGCUCAGUUCUUGGAGCGUUGCUGGGCACCUUUGGAAUGUCCUUUCUAGUCUUGAGCGCCAUGAAGUUAAUUCCGGAUAUGCUGCUUUUCGUGUCGCCACAGAUUUUAAAUUUGCUCAUCGCAUACACUUCGAGCGGAGAAGAGACAUGGAAGGGGAUAUUUUAUGCUGCUGUGCUUUUUCUGUCUGCCUUCAUCUCAACCAUGAUCACAAACCAGUACACUUAUCGCAUGUUCCUCAUCGCGAUGCGAGUUCGAACGGCUCUGGUGUCUGCGAUCUACAAGAAGGCCCUUCUCGUGUCAAACUCGGCCAAGAGGGAAUCAACCGUGGGAGAGAUAGUGAACCUGAUGAGCGUAGAUAUUCAGAAGCUGAUGACCCUGCUCCCGUUCAUCAAUAUGGUCUGGUCGGCUCCAUUCCAGAUCGGACUGGCGUUGUACUUUCUCUGGGGCAUUAUUGGUCCCUCUGCCAUUUCCGGUCUCGUCAUCAUGAUCCUCCUCGUCCCCGCAAAUGCCGUCAUCGCCAGCAAAAGCAGAAAACUGCAUGCCAUGCAAAUGACGAUGAAGGACCAGCGUGUUAAAUUGAUGAACGAAAUUCUGAAUGGGAUUAAGGUGCUCAAACUUUACGCGUGGGAGCAGUCCUUUGAAGAACAGAUAAUGAAGAUUAGGCGACAAGAGGUGGAAAUUUUUACGAAGACUGCAUAUCUCAAUGCGAUCGCUACUUUCCUCUGGAUGUGUGCCCCCUUCAUGGUUGCCCUCUGCACUUUUGGAACAUACGUUCUCAUCGAUUCUCGCAAUGUGCUGGAUGCUCAGAAAGCGUUCGUAUCAUUGUCACUCUUCAAUAUUAUUAGUUUCCCGUUGGCAUAUUUGCCGACGCUUGUUGUCCAAAUGGUUCAGGCGAGUGUAAGUCUUAAACGACUCAAUAAAUAUAUGAAUGCGAAUGAAAUUGACCCGGAUUCUGUGACCCACGACCAAAGUGCAGUUGAUCCGAUCAUAAUCGAGAAUGGGACGUUUGGCUGGGACGCGGAUACGAUCACGUUGCGAGACAUCAACCUCCAUGUCAAAGACGGAUCUCUUGUCGCCAUCGUGGGCACCGUUGGUGCAGGAAAAUCGUCCCUACUCGCUGCCAUACUUGGGGAGCUGGAAGGGCUCAAUGGCACAGUUAACACAAAGGGUUCCAUCGCGUACGUGUCUCAACAAGCCUGGAUCCAAAACGCCACCGUACGGGACAACAUCCUUUUCGGCAAACCUUUCGAUGCCAGAACAUACGACAAGGCGAUCGACGCCUGCGCACUCAAACCCGACCUGGAAAUUCUGGCAGCUGGGGACAAAACAGAGAUUGGGGAGAAGGGCAUAAAUUUGUCGGGAGGUCAAAAGCAACGGGUUUCCCUGGCUCGUGCCGUCUACAGCAAGAGUGACAUAUAUCUGUUAGACGACCCCCUUUCAGCUGUUGACAGCCACGUGGGAAAGCACAUCUUUGACGCCGUGCUAGGUCCGAAGGGAGUGCUGAAGAGGAAGACGCGAAUCCUGGUAACCCACGGGAUCGCCUACCUCCCUCAAGUGGACAACAUCGUGGUUCUCAAGGAUGGCGAGCUUUCCGAGAUUGGAACUUACACCGAGCUGCUCGAGCGUCAAGGCGCCUUCGCCGAGUUCCUCCAGCAUCACACCACCGAAGAGGACGCUUCCGAGAUGGACGACACCACUCUGGCCGAUGACCUCAAAAACUUUGCUGCGGAAAGUCGUAGAAUUUCGACGGACUCGGAAUCCAGUGCUGGCGUGUCGGAUGUUGGAGAAGGAGUACGAAAGAGGAUGACAUCCUCAGGAAGUAGUCAGCAUGACUCACGACCCCAAGAUGGGAGGGAUCGACUCGUCGAGGUGGAGAAAUCGGAAACCGAUUCGGUCACGAUGGCAGUGUAUAAAGAGUAUCUCCGCGCAGCAGGGUGGUACGGAGCUGUGGGGACGAUUGUGCUAUAUUCUGUGUACCAAACUUUCUCAGUGGGGUCGAAUUUGUGGUUGUCCGAGUGGUCGAAUCAGCCUGUAGUAAAUGGGACGCAAGACGACGUGGGUUUGUAUUUGGGGGUGUACGGUGGGUUUGGAUUUAUGCAGGCCGUUUUUAUCAUGCUUGCUUCUGUUACAAUGGACCUGUCGACACUCCGUUCCUCAGCAAACUUACACUUUAAAAUGCUGGUGAGAAUUCUUCAUGCGCCGAUGAGUUUUUUUGACACGACGCCAGUGGGGAGGAUUGUCAAUCGGUUUGCGAAGGAUGUCGACGUGACGGACUCCCUCCUGCCGAUGAACGUUGAACUCUGGCUCAACUCCUCCUUCUCAGUCCUAGCAACUCUGAUCAUCAUCUCAUACUCUACGCCCAUCUUUAUCGCUGUCAUCCUUCCCGUCGGACUCCUCUACUACUUCGUUCAGAGAUUUUUCGUGGCAUCUUCCCGUCAACUGAAACGUAUCGAAUCUGUGACACGCUCCCCGAUCUACUCCCAUUUCAGCGAAACAAUCUCCGGGGCCCCCACAAUCCGUGCCUAUGCAGCGCAAGAUCGCUUCAUUGUAGAGUCUGAGGAAAAGGUCGAUUACAACCAAGUUCCAUAUUUUCCCUCUGUCGUGGCCAACCGUUGGAUUGCCGUUAGGCUUGAAUUUAUUGGAAACAUGAUCAUAUUUUUUGCCGCAUUGUUUGCCGUGUUGGGGAGGGACACGUUAAGUUCCGGUUUGGUCGGGUUGUCAGUUUCUUACGCAUUGCAAAUCACAUCGUCGCUGUACGGAUUGGUGCGCUGGACAUCUGAAGUGGAAACCAACAUUGUUGCCGUAGAGAGAAUUAAGGAAUAUGGCGAAGUACCGCAGGAGGCUGCAUUCGAAAUCAGGGACCACAAACCACCAAAGUUAUGGCCAGAGAGUGGCCAAGUUAAAUUUGACCAGUACCAGACUCGCUACCGGCCUGGACUUGACCUAGUCUUGAGAAAUGUUACUUGCACGAUUAAUCCCGGGGAGAAAAUUGGAAUUGUUGGGCGGACUGGUGCUGGAAAAUCAUCCUUUACAUUGGCGCUAUUACGAAUUAUCGAGGCGGCGAGUGGAACAAUUUCCAUCGACGGUCAAAACAUUGGGCGACUAGGGUUGCAGGAUUUACGCGGAAGGAUUACAAUCAUCCCGCAGGAUCCGGUCCUCUUUUCGGGUACCUUGCGCAUUAAUCUCGAUCCAUUUGAACAGUACACGGAUGAUACGAUUUGGAAGUCUUUGGAACUAGCGGACUUGAAGAGUUUAGUCACAUCAUUCCCGACCGGUUUGUCGCAUGAGAUUGCGGAGGGGGGUGAAAAUUUGAGUAUGGGCCAACGCCAGCUCAUAGCUCUAGCCAGGGCGUUGCUGCGUAAAACUAAAAUUUUAUUACUUGACGAGUCGACCUCAGCUUGUGAUCUCGACACGGAUGAAUUAAUUCAAUCCACAAUACGGAAGGAGUUCAAAGAUUCCACUGUCAUCACGAUCGCACACAGACUGAACACAAUCAUGGAUUCCACAAGAGUUAUGGUGCUCGAUAAGGGUGAAAUCCGAGAGUUUGAUUCCCCUGAAAAUCUGUUAAGCAAUAAAAACUCAAUUUUCUCCGGAAUGGUGAAAGAUGCCGGACUAUAAGCAAGUGUGUACUUUGAAAUAUAACAAAGGUGCCAACAAUCUGACAGAACUUGGUAUUUGUCGCGAUUAUCAGCUAAAAUUGGGUUCUAUUUCUUAAGCUUUAAUUAAUUAAGAUCUUAUAGCGAAGAUUAAAAUUAUCGCAUUGCUUCACAGUGCAGUCUUCUGUUUUCUGCAGUUAUGUAUGUGCUUAUCUGUGGUAAAUGCGAAUGUGUAUUUUAAUUAUGCACUAAUUAAUUAAUUUCUAAUUAAGCUGGUUUUUAUUGUUGUCUGAAGUUCUGUGAGUUGAAAAUUAUUUUUCUCCUUUUCCCAAAUAUUAUGUGAUAUUCAUAAAACAACAAUUAUGCCUUCAGUUCUCUCAA